CUUCUGACACUCACAGCGACAAUGUACUCCAAGGCAGCGGCGGCGGUGGUGGUGGUGGUGGUGGUGAUGACGGCGGUGUUGAAGGCAGAACCAGAAGCAGAACCAGGGAAUUAUCAGCCGGUGUAUCCCUCCCACAAGCACCCGUACCGCUUCAACUACCACGUGGACAGUCACUACGGGGGCAACUUUGGUCAACACGAGCAAGGCGACGGGAAGAACGUGUAUGGAGGGUACCACGUGGACCUCCCUGAUGGACGCCGCCAGACGGUGCGCUACACUGCUAAUGGGUACGGAGGUUACGUGGCCCAGGUGAGCUACUAUGGCAAGGCUCACCACCCCAAGCACUACGGCAACCCACAGACCUUCUUCAAGAACCACGGACACGGACACGGCGGCGGCUACCACUAACGUCAAUAUGGUUCCUGUAGGACUCCUAUUUGGAAAUCCUACGGAGAUAUCCUUAAAAAUCCUUCACUAUGUCGAUUUUGAAGGAUGUUACAGGUGUUUAAUUCGUAGGAUA